GCAGAAAGGUCUUAUAAGAAUCCGACUUACACUAAAAGUGUUAUUUAAAAGAUGUUUUAAAUUUCCAUUGAUUUUUGAAGUGCGUGAUAGUUUCAAGUGGUUCAAGAACAUAGAUAAAAAUAGUGUGUUCAUCUGGAAUCAAAAUUUCGACGCGAUGGAUAUCUGCCAAAAAAUGCUUCUGUUGCUUUUCUCAAUGCUACCGUUUGCUGCGGCAACAUUCUUCCCAUUUACAUCAUUCCGUCCACCAUCAUUUCCGCAUGGAUAUAGACCGCAACGAACGGGACCUCCCACUAACCUGGUCUCAGUGCAAUCACCGAUUCUCGGCUUACGAGUUUAUGUGCCCCGUGAACUCUUGGGUCUUUUUAAUGGGUUCAAUGGUGGUCGACCAUCCACAUUUGGUCCCGAUUAUCAACCGCCGAAUUACCCACGUUCAAUUCCAUUCAAUCCACAUCCAAAUUAUCCGCAUGAAAAUCGGCCCAAUGAGUACCCGCAUUUGCCACCAAAUUACUCACCAAAUUUGCCACCUUUUGAUGCAAACGCUUUUAUCCAUUUGAUGCGUGCACUGUACCCGGAUAUGAUUUAUAGACCAAAUCCACGAUAUCCGAAUGUGUUUGCACUUCGAUUUCCACGUGAAUUACCACCGUAUCCAGACUUGACACCACCACAACCAUCAUCAUCGCCAGAUUAUUAUCCGGAACAAAAUCGAAUAUUUCCUGGUGAAUUUUCAUCGGAUAUAAGCCAAUUUUUGGAACCACCACCAAAUUAUGGUAGUCCAAAUUUGGCCGAACAAAAUCAAUCAUCAUCGUAUAAUCAGCCACACAAUAAUCAACAGCCGCAUAAUCAUUUAUUAUCAGAGAGAAAAAAAUUGUUCCCAAAAUUAAAAUGCUUGAAAAGUGAAUAUAAAGCUAUUUGUAAUCCAUUUGUGCCAGAAGAGAAGUACAUGUGUGUGUGUAUAAAUUUUGGUUGAUCAACAAGCUGAGCUAUUGCAAAUCAUAUUUAAAUGAGUUACAAUAGAAGUGGUGAUGUAUAAGCACUGUAUGCAGACGCAUAGUAUGGGGCUGAAUAAGCGGAAUAGUAUGGAUAGGCACUAUAUGCGGCAUAUGCUGUAAUGGGAAUAAAAAUUGAUUUUGUUGUCAAUGGGCGUAAAAUAAUAAAUAAGCUAAUAAAUUUCGUUUUUUUUUAUUCAAUAAGAAUGUAACUCACGGCUGUAAACACUGCUGGCUAACGGUGCACUAUAUCCAGCUACAACUGGAGCACUGUAAGCGAACACGUCUGGUUUUGGCUUGGCGCAAGCGCAAGC